AUGUGUCUGACCUACAACUUGUAUGCGCCAACAAGACCUGAUUCACUGGGUGUUGGAUUGAGCAAUUCGCCUGCUGGCCUUGCAGCUUACAUUAUUGAGAAAUUCUCUGUGGCAAGUGGCUGCAAGCUGAACGAGUCGUCUGCCUGCCUGGAUUCAUGUUUCACUAAAGAUGAACUUAUUACAAAUCUCAUGAUAUACUGGGUGACAAACUCUAUGACAACAGCCAUGAGGUAUUACAAAGAGAACUUUCCUGAUGAGGACUUGUGGAAUCUUAUCAGCAUACCCAUAGAUACACCCUCAGGACUGGCUGAAUUUCCUCAUGAAGUGGGCACUUCUCCCAAGCCAUGGGUCUUAGCUCGYUUUCCUAACAAUUUACAAUACACGUUGAUGCCAAAAGGAGGUCACUUUGCUGCAUUUGAGCAACCAGAGCUGUUUGCAAAGGACAUUGUUCAAUUUGUAGAGAAAGUUGAAGCAAUGACAGAGAAGGUAGAUUAG